AUGAGAUCUCUGCGAGGAUUGCAUUAUUCUUCAGUAGUAAGAAUUUCUCGCUGUUUUGUUGCGAGAUGGCAAGGAAAUGUAAUCCGUUACAUUUCAAUAUCUAUUAAUUGUUUGUCUGGCAGUCGUCGGUUCACCGAUAAACACGAAUGGAUAUCAGUUAAUGAGAACAUUGGAACUGUGGGUAUAUCGCAUCAUGCCCAGAAAUCAUUAGGCGAAAUUGAUUUUGCUCAGCUUCCAGAUGUGGGAACGGUCUUGGAAAAAGAAGUUACGUGCGGAGCUCUUGAAAGUGUGAAAGCUGCAAGUGAAAUAUUCUGCCCUGUUUCUGGAAAAGUGAUCGACAAAAAUGCUUCUGUGGAACAUACACCCAGACUUAUUAACAGCAGUUGUUAUGAUAAAGGCUGGCUGUUUAAAGUAGAAUUAACCAAGCCAGAUGAAUUAAAUAGGCUUAUGACGGAAAGUGAAUAUGAAACUUUUAUAAAAUCUGGUGUAUACAAAUAA